AUGUCGGCACCUGAGGCACAGAUAAUUGCACCAACAAACACUUCGUCAGUGCAACUUAACAAACCUUACUGGCAGUCUCUUCAAGAGUAUCCAGACAUGAAGCCGCUCUUUUCUGGGCAACCUACUCGAUUUCAGCUGCUAAAGAAGUUCCCGACCGCCAGACGGCACACUCAAACAUCCAAGCAACUGUCAUCUCCCCCAAGAUUACCAGAUGCCACAGCCACGAGCUCCUCUCUGCCAGUGACGAACACACAGAGUCAUAAAACUGUAAAGAUUCCGGCUGUUAGGACUCACGGUCUUACUGUCAGCCCUGACCCCUUUUUUGGCUCUGAUUUCGUGUACAGUUUGAAUGCUCUUAACUCCAGGGAGUUCCUCAUGAGGAAGGCUGCCGUGCUGGUACUAUUCUAUUGCCCUCAUGACAAGGAUAUUAGCGAGAUCAAGAAACAUUAUACAUCGAGUGCAUCUUCCACAAAACGAGAGAAUCACGCCUAUGCGGCCGUGGACUGUACCCUGGAGCCCGAGCUGUGUACCGCGUUUGGUAUCACCUUCACCCCAUUUGUGGCCUACUACUCCCGAGGCAUCAAAAUCGACUCGGGGCUGGUUGAGAGCAAAGAGUUUGUCAAGGACGACCUGCGUUUUUUCAUGGAGCAGGCGCCUAUCUACAACGAUCCCAAACUAAAGGGCUAUGGCAGGUUGGCUCUAGCCAAGAAAACACUGCAAGGCAUUAAAUCACCUGGGAGAAAACCUCCACAGAUAAACGUGUCGCCAAAAAGAAAGUCGUCUGAAUUCUCAGAAUCCUCACAGAGAAAAUCAAGGGGCUUGCCAAAUAUGUAA